AACAUCCCUGGGAGUUUUAUAAAUGUAAAGUCAAAAGAAGAGAUUCAACAAAAUAAAACAAACGCGAUGGCGUCCAUCAACUCGAUGAAUUUCCAUGAAAUCAAUAUUCAAAGUUUGGAGAAAAUUGAAAACUUUUUGAAUAACUCCGCGUACAAAGAAGUGAUCGAAAAUAGUGAGACUUUUAACACUAGAUUGUGUAUUGAAAGACGGUUAAGGAUGCCGUUUUUAGAUCCUCAAACGGGUGUCGCACAGUAUCAUUCCACUUUGUUUAUGAAAGCACGGCAGCGGAUUCCGGGAUUGAAAGAUGGUCAGGUUUAUAGCUACCCUGCUUCCCGAUGGAGAAAAUCCCGUCGGCAGUAUUUGUUGCAAAAACAACAACCACCUUUCCCGACGUACACGCACCGACCGUUUGGUCAUUUGCAAAGCACAUACGAUUCAGAAAAUUCGAAUUUGGAUUCGGCUACCCCUUCUCUUAUAGAGGGUGAAAGUAAAGAUCACAAAGAGGAUCCAGGUAAGGAUUGGUUUUAUGACGAAAUGGAUAUGCAUGAAAUGGAGUCCUAUGAUGAUCACGAUUUGCCUGAUUCUGACUGUGAUUUCGAAGAAAGCUACAGCAGUCGGAAAAAGAAAGGUAAAAAUAGUAAGAGCGGAUCAAGUUCUGGAAAAAGUAAAUCCAACCCAAUUGAUCCCAAUACACCGCGUAGAGGGCGUGGAGCUGGUCGGGGUCGUGGGAGAAAAUCUCAAGGUGUUGGAGAUAGUCCCAGCCCUAAGGAAGCUGGAGAGAACGUUAAGAAAAAUCGUACACAAACACUCCCUUACUUAACCCCACAAACAAGCUCAUCUCCUUUAACGGUUCCGCCAGAGGAACCUCCAAUGCCAGUAUUGAUACCGGAAUCAAAAGUUGUUGAGGAACAUGAGGAGAAGCUUCCAAUCAAACCUGGCACAUCUAUGAACAAUAUUCCACCACUUAUCGUUUCUAGUGCUAUAGCGCCUGUUCCUGGUUCACCACAGGAAAAAGGUAGGGCAAUUCCUUCGCCGUACUGUGAUUUUUGUCUUGGUGAUGCACGUGAAAAUAAAAAAACAUUCGAACCCGAGGAACUUGUAUCAUGCUCAGAUUGUGGCCGCUCUGGACAUCCUACUUGUUUGCAGUUCACUGCCAACAUGAUUAUUUCUGUUCGCAAAUACCGUUGGCAGUGUAUUGAGUGCAAGUAUUGUACAAUUUGUGGUACAUCUGAUAACGACGAUCAGCUGUUGUUCUGUGACGAUUGUGACCGAGGAUACCACAUGUAUUGUUUGUCGCCUCCGUUGAUUUCGCCACCAGAGGGUUCUUGGAGCUGCAAACUAUGCACAGAAGAAUUUCAUAAGAAGUAAAAUAUACCAGAGCAUAAUUAAAACUAGGCUGUCGUGUAUGUGUUAUUUUUAGGAUGGAUCAUCAUCAUUGCAUGUUGAACAUUGCCAGAAUUCGUACAACUGCUUAUAUGCAAAAUAUGCUGACAACAAUGAGUAAGAUAUAAUACCGAUCCUAGUAAGACUAAAACAUAAACACUUAAUAUUGCACAAUUAUACUGUGUAACCUAAAAUAUUUCGAUGCAAACUUUAUAAAUCUCAUACAUAUAUAUAUUCAAGACAAUUAGAAGCUUAUGCCCUUUUCGUUUUCGACGUAAGACUACACCCAUGUAACUCUGUCGCUCAAACACGAAUGCAAUAGGUCUAUUUUUUCUCGAUGCACUUGUGGAGUAACACUCUGGAAACGAAAACGACAUUAGUAAAUAAAGCGAUCAAUUUGAA